ACUAGCUGCGGGGCUCGCUAAACGCUCGCCGAGCUCCAUGCUGUGCAACACCACCUCCUCACUAAUCGUCAGGGGCGCGGAGAGCGCAGUGCACUGCGGUGAGGCUGCGCAGCGGGGGCUCGGCACCCCCUGCACCGCGCUCCAGCGGCGCAGGGGAGGGCGGUCGGUGGCGGCGGCGGCGAGGCGCGAGGCGGUGGCGGCGGUGGUGCGGGCGGCGGGAUGACAGGGGAGGCGGCGGGAUUGACAGGGGAGGCGGCGGCCACGAGCGGAGCGGCGCGAGAAGGGGGGGGGGGGCGGCGAGGCGCCGGUGAGCGAGGCGCCCGCGCCAUCAGAGGGACGCGCCGCUGCGAGAUGGAGGGCGGCGGUGACGGAGGCGAGGCGCGAGGCGGCGGCGGCGGCGGCGGCGGCGGCGGCGGCGGAGACAACGGCGGCACCGAGUCUCGGUGAGCGGCGGCGGGAGGAGGAGCAGCGGCGGCGCUCGCUCGCUGUUGACGGGAGCGCUUUUGAGCCUGGGAGCCCAUGCCACUGCGACCGGCGUGCCCGGGAACGGAGAUCGCGCGCGCGCCGCCACUCACGACGCGCGCGCGAUCUUCGCGGAGUCGGGUCCCCAGAGGGAAGCGGUCUUCUCGGCCGACGUCCAGCGGCGCGCAAGGAAGCAGGCGCAGCGGAGGCGGCCUAGCACCGGCUCGGCGCCGGGCGGUUGCGCUGCCCGCGAGCCGCGUCCUGAGCCUCGGCAGCGCGCUGCGCGGCGCGGCGCUCGCGCCGCUGCGGUGCCGAGAGCGGCAUGAUUCGCCAGCUG